CAUUUCCCCCGUUCAAAUGUCUCGUAGAGGCGUAUCGUGUUGAUUAUUAUUGGUGUGGAGAAGUGUAAAAUACUGCCGGUAGAACAUCUAGUACUCUCGCGCUGAGAGGGCGGGCUCAUUCCCCUUUAAGCCGCUAGGCACAGGUUGUAGGCUAUUCGCCGGUAAGACUCACUGAAGUUGCAUACGGACGGAUAUAUGGUCAAACACAUGAGAGGAACGGACAACAAAAGGGAAAUAUUGGGAACACGGGUAUGUUUGAGUGGAGAGAUGUCAUCUUUAGAGGAUAUCUUUUCCGCUAACCAGUGCCCAGCUGCUGUAUUUACCUCCCAAGGCACGGAUGUCACUCCAAACGGUGACCGUGGAGUAUGUAAGAUUGUGAAACAGCAUGGUGUGGAGGGGGAAAGGCCGAUGAUCGGGGACAGGGUGAAUGUCCACUACACAGGCAGACUCCUCAAUGGGAAGAAGUUUGACUCCAGUCUAGACCGCAAGGAGCCUUUUGUUUUCAAUGUGGGAAAAGGUCAGGUCAUCAAGGCGUGGGAUAUUGGUGUGUGUUCCAUGCAGAAAGGAGAGGUGUGCUUGAUGCUUUGUAAGCCUGAAUAUGCUUACGGUUCAGCUGGCAGCCCACCAAAGGUUCCUCCCAAUGCCACACUUGUGUUUGAGAUUGAGCUGCUGAGCUUUAGAGGAGAGGAGCUUACAGAAGAUGGUGGGAUCGUUAAGAGAAUAAAGGUCAAAGGUGAAGGCUAUAACAAUCCUAAUGAAGGGGCCACAGUUCAUGUACACUUGGAGGGGUGGUGUGGAGGGCGGUUAUUUGAGUCUCGGGAUGUCACCUUUGUUGUGGGUGAAUCAGAAGACGUGGGUGUUCCUUUAGGAGUGGACAGGGCCAUGGAGAAAAUCCAAAAGGGCGAAUGCUGUUUAUUAUACCUAAAGCCCAAGUACGGUUAUGGCAAAGAGGGUAAAAAAGAACAUGACAUUGGAUCAAAUGCAGAACUACUAUAUGAAGUGACACUGAAGGACUUUGAAAAGGCCAAAGAUUUCUGGGAAAUGGACCUUAAAGAGAAAUUGGAACGUGCUGCUUUAGUCAAACAAAAAGGGACACAGUAUUUCAAGGCUGGACGGUACAACCAUGCUGUAAUUCAGUACCAUCAGAUUGUAAUCUGGUUAGAGAUGGAGUGUGGUGUAGGAAAGGAGCAGCAACAAGCCAUCCAGGCUCUCCUUUUAGUGGCCCAUCUGAAUCUGGCAUUGUGCUAUCUUCGUUUGCGCGAGUACUCUCAAACAGUGGAGAACUGCAACAAGGUUAUAGAGCUGGACCCAGAAAAUGAGAAAGCUCUAUAUCGACGAGGUGAAGCGCGUCUGUUGCGUAACGAGUUCAGCAUGGCCCUGAUGGACUUCAGGCAAGUUUUGCAAGUUAACUCCUUCAACCAUGCUGCCCGCAGCCAGAUUGCCGUCUGUCAGCGUAAGAUUCGUGAGCACCAUGAACGUGACAAGAAGAUCUAUGCAAACAUGUUCCAGAGGUUUGCUGAACACGAUGCCAAGUGCAAGGGUGGGACAACCUGUCAGUCACAUAAUAUCACAGCAACGAUCCAAUCAAUUCCCGAUGGACAAAAUCAAGUCCCGUCCUACAUUUUUUCUUGUUCUAGAAGCUUUCACUCGGAUGUGGGCCGAUUAAAAAGGAAAAAAGAAGAGAGUGGAAUUUCAGAUCAGAAUAAACAUGGACUAAAGAGAGUGCGUCACAGUCAGGACGGCUCCUAAAACUCCAGCCGCUAUUCAGGAGGCCCAGGCUGUGGGGAUGACUGGUUCGUCCUCGAUUGCGUCAUGAGAGAGGCAGUCGGUAGGGGGUGUGGACAAGCCCUCUGUAUGCCUUGACCUCUGACCUCAUCAUCUUUCAGACUGAAAACAAAUGCUGGGAAAGAUUCUAAUAAUGGCUAAGGGAUAUUGAGGAGCUGCAAACCUUAAUGACAUUCCUACAAGAACAGAAAAGAAACAACAACAACAAAAACCAAAGCGCACAAUCCUAUGACCACCAGUAAACCUCUACAGUGCACGCCUCAGCUCUCAAAAAGGCAUUCAUCCGCUGCAUUAAUGCGAAAGCAUAUGGUUUUAUAUUGUAUUGCAUAGACUUGAAUGCAACCUAGUACCUUAUGAUGUACUGUAACUGUACAGUAUUCAGUGUAAUUGCAUCGACUUUGUGCAUAAUCAGAUUAGGAGUUUAGGUUUGCAGUGGUGGGGUGUGUACUGGAGGCUUGAUGUUUUUUGUAUGAUAUUUGUAUAAGUGUGUACGAUAUUUAGAUGCAAGUGACCAUAGUGGAUAGCUGGACCUAAAAGUGCAAUCCUCCCUUUGGGGAAAACCUUUUUUGCGACUCUACCCGCUGUAUUUUUUGAGGAGUCGCAGCAGGCCCACAUUCACAAACACACUUUUGAUACUUUGGAGAGACUUGUGCAUGCUUCUUUACUGCAUCCUGGGAACGUCUAUAUUUUAAAAUGUUAACAGGUUAGUUUCAACCUGGAUACCGGUAGAUACACUUGACUGAAAUUCAAUAGCUAUAUUUUUGAGCUGAGUUUCCAUUACAAGUUUAAAGCUCAAAUGCUUUUUAGGCACUUUUUUUGGCAAGAUAGGAAUAUUUCAAAUAACUGUUCUCUUAAACCCACUUGUUUAUUUGAUCAAAUACUAACUUGUGUGGUUUGCAUGUUUUUCAGUAUGUUCCCCAUGUUUCAGACAGUUUUAAUAAUAUUAAUAAUAAACAGUUUGUUAACUUUU